AUUGGCUCGAUGCUGCCUCUUGACUUAUGGAAAUAAAAUCUCGCUUUGUCUCCUUUUUUUCUUUCAAGAUUGAUUUGCUGCUUCCCUUCUUUACAUAGAUCUUGAAAAUAUAAUUUAUUUCCAUAUCAAAAUCUUGUAGUGACUUGGCAAAUCUUUUCAAUAGUCUUGCCUUGAGAUAGUAGAAAAACCCAGCACUUCUCUUUCAAACUCGUAGUAUAUAUAUCCAAAAUUGAAUAGGAUAUCUUCCUUCAAGAAUAUAUAAUAUUUUUCUUUUUGACUUUGGAUCUUGAAUAUUUUCUUCAAUAUGAAGAUCUCAAUAUAUCUUUGAACUCCUAUUAUAUUGGAGAUAUUCCUUUCUUGAUCUUGGAAAAUAAUCUCCUUCCAUAAUAUAGAUUGCACUACAUCCAUAAUAUAUUUUCUUUCCAUAGAAAAUAUAUUCUUCUUAUAUUGAAAAUAUUCCUUUCUUGAUCUUGGAAAAUAGUAUCUUUCCAUAAUAUAAAUUGUACUACAUCCAUAAUACAUUUUCUUUUCAUAGAAAAUAUAUUCUUCCUUGGUCUUGAAGUAUCUUUUCCAUGUAGUAUCUUUCUUCCAUAAAAUAAUAGAUUUUCUCCAUGAUUAUUUUAGCAACUUUCCUUUCAAGAUGUUGAAAAGCUUUCCAUCCAUAAGUUCCAUAGAUUCUUCUUCUGAUAUUGUAGUAAGCCAUUCAAUAUUUGAAAUUUCACUUUCAAAUAUUAUUCCUUUUAGAUUAAAUCUCUGAAAAUAAUCUUCCUUGACGAAUUCUUCACAUGAUAUUCUCUUUCCCAUAUUUGUUUGGAUCUUUACCAGUAUUUUCUUUCCUAUACAAGAAUAAGAUUACCACAAGUAAAUGUUCUUUGAUUAAUAGUUAUUUUGGUUUGUUAUCAUCAAAAUUAAUACGUGAAACCUUGAAGCUAACAUGGUGGAGGUUCCCGAAUCUUGAAGAACUCAGCCUCGGGAUUGUAGGUGUAUCUACUAUUCCAUUAUUUCCCAUACCAGAAGUUCAUACUCGACUUCAAUCUCUUGAACUAUAUCUCCUGGAAGCGUCAGGAUUCGAGUCUUCAGUUGGAUGGGCCAGUUGCUUUGUCUUCCCUUCAAAUCUUAGGCAUUUGUCGCUUCGCGGAAUUUGUCUAACGGAAGAAAUGGCUUUAAACAUUGCAAGAUUGCGGAAGCUUGAGAAUGUGAAACUAACUAAGACAGAGUUUUUGGGGGAAAACUGUUGGGAUGCCACAGAUGUCGAGUUCCCUGCACUCAAAUACUUGUCAUUACUAUGGUGUUAUAUGAGAGGAUGGAAUGCUUGUGAGGAAUCCUUUCCCAUUCUUGAGAAGCUAGUUAUAGAAGGUUGUCGUAACCUCGAGCAGAUCCCUCCUAGCUUUGCCGAUAUUCCAACACUCCAACUUAUUGAAGUGGAAGACUGCUUGGACUCUGUUGAGGAUUCAGCUACGAAUAUUAAAAGAGAAAUAGAAGAAACCACUGGAUGCGAUAGUCUCCAAGUUCUUAUAUCAAAGAAGAAGUACAGACAACUAAUUAAAGCUGGUUAGCAAUGGGUUCUUAAAUAAAAAAAGAUGAAGUAGCAAGGAGGUUGAAAAUAUGAUUAAGUACUAUCCCUUCUAAUUCUAUGAACCAUAAGGCUUUGGAUAGCCACUUGAAAACAGUGAACUUGCAAAAGAUCUGCAGAAUAAAUCUUCAACAAACUAAAAUAUCUCAACAACAUUAACAACUAUAUAUGCCUUAGUUCCAAAAAAGCCGGGAACAUCGAAUAUGAAUCCCCGUUUCUUUCUUUAAGCUCAACUCAUAUAAUUAACAGAAUUUUAAAUUCGCUACAAGAAAAUAAUUUUUUUUCCCGACUACAAAAAUAGCCGGAAAAUAGUCCGAAAAGUAUCUAUUCCGACUAUUUUCUGGCUGUUUUCACCUAGUCGGAAAAUGAUAG